UUAAGCUUUGAACAGCAGUUGAGCAAAGUUAGCAGCUAGCUUGCUGGCAUGUCAAACCAUGUAGCAGCUACGCAGCCUCAUAUUUACUAAGAAAUAGCCUUAACUUGAGUGUGCUUAAGCUGUCUCAGUCCUGUAAUCCACAGCAGUGGCAGCCCAUAAUCCUGACUGAUCAAAGGUUGAGAUUACCAAAGAAGUGGGAGGGACAGAGCUGCAGAUAGGCGGACAGUGAGGGAUGGUGAGCUCAGACAUAACAGUGGCGAUGCAAACCAAGCAGGGAUUGGUGCACACAAAUAGCCAGCCAAUCAGAGAAUAGGCAGGGGAAAAAUAACAAGGCAAGGAGAGAGCUUGUGAAAGAGGGACGAGCAAUGAAAAAGCGAGGGAGAAGGUGAAAUCACAGCAGUACAGAGGAGGGACCAAACAAAGAGGAGAGCAAGGAUGAGUAGAGGAGAGAGCGCUGAGCUGUGAGGUCUCCAGAGAGGAAGCGGAAGAGGAGAUGAGCAGGGAGAGGAGGGAGAGCAGCCAGCACUGAGAACAUCCAUCAGCUCAGGCAGCCAUGCUCUGAGCCCUGGAGCAGCAGGGCUACGCAGACACGGCUCAGGCCCACCAUCAGGCCUACCUCAGCUCCUCAUCCCAGCCACAAACACCAGGGCAGGGAUAAAAGAAGAUUCUCUUAACAUCAGCUGUGCAUGAGAGCCAUGAGGACGUCCAGGAAGGGCAGCGUGGAGAUGCCUGCGUUCAUGCGGCAGCUGGUGAAAGAGACAGAGAAGAGGGUCAGCUCUUUCUUCAAAGGGGGACGUGGAGGAGGAGCAGCAGAGGGGGAGCAUCCAGGAGAGGGGGAGAAGGAGGAGGUCAUCCCCAGCCCUUACCUGGACCGGCCUGUCCUGGACAAGUUAGCAGAGGAGGGCUGUGCUCGAUGGGGCCUCACCUAUGCCCUGGGGAGCAUGCAAGGCUGGAGGGCCAACAUGGAAGACUUCCAUAAUUGUGUGCCUCAGCUGGGAGGAGAGCUGGCUGACUGGAGCUUCUUCGCUGUGUUUGAUGGUCAUGCAGGCAGUACGGUGGCACAGUACUGCUCCCAGCACCUUCUGGGUCACAUGCUGACCACAGGUGUAUUGGGCGCAGAGGAUGACCCUGAAAAAGUGAAAGCAGCCAUCAUUGAGGGCUUCCUGCAAACAGACAGGCACCUGCAUUCUGUUGCACGUCGUGAAGGCUGGGAGAGGGGGGGCACCACUGUGGUGUCAACUUUCAUCUCACCGUAUUACAUCUACUUUGCCAACUGUGGUGACUCAAGGGCCAUGCUGUGCCGGUCUGGACAGGUUUGCUUCUCAACUGAGGACCACAAACCUUACAGCCCUCUUGAGAAAGAACGAAUAGAGAGUGCAGGCGGCUCUGUGACCGUCCAAAGGAUCAAUGGCUCCCUGGCUGUGUCUCGUGCUCUAGGAGACUUCAGCUACAAGGGGGCCGAGAACCGAACACCCAUCCAACAGAUGGUGUCACCGGAGCCAGAGGUGUGUGUGGUGGAGCGCUCGCCAGCUGAUGAGUUCUUAGUGCUGGCCUGUGACGGAGUGUGGGACACCAUAAGCAAUGAGGAGCUGUGCGCCUUCAUCCACAACAGGCUGCGUGUCUGCACUGACCUGAGGGACGUCUGCACUCAAGUCAUAGACCUCUGUCUCUAUAAGGGCAGCCUGGACAACAUCAGCAUCAUCCUGCUUUGCUUCCCUGGAGCCCCCCAGCUGUCAGCAGAGGCGUUACACCAGGAGGCUGAGCUGGAGGACCUGCUGGAGGCCAAAGUAGCAGAGAUUUAUGAAGAGCUGUGUGCCAGAGGAGAGGAGCCAGACCUGCUGUCAGUCCUCACAGUCCUCGCAUCCACGGUCAUCCCCGGAUUACCACCAGGGGGAGGCAUACAGAGCAAAAGAAACUGCAUUAUUUCUGCUUACUAUCAACAAAGAGAGACGCACAACCCCACACUACCAAAUGGCCUGGGAGGAUCCUGAAUUUGCCAUCUCUGAUUUAGUCUCCAGACAUCCACUGAGGGACUGUAAUUAAUGUCAAUAUAAAAACAGUUUCUUCAUGUGUGCAAUUUAACAAAAAGGGAGAUUAUUAACAGACAGGAGUGUUUGUUUACAUCAUGCCAGCAAGCAGCAUCUUGUCGUAAUAAAUACAAUGCAAAAAUAGAUCUAAUGGGAGCCUGUUACAUUUUAUAUUUAUAUAAAAGGGACAUUUUUUAAAACUUACUCAGAGACACUGAUCCAGCAACAAACCUCUGCCUCAUAUUCAGUGAACAGUAGACAGGCUACAUAUGAUCACUUUAAAUGACGGUCUAUUGUAAUGAAAAACAAACAACUGUGAAAUUGUACAUUUUUGUUGGAUAUUUAAGGUAAAUCAGUAAAUAUAGUGUUAUAUUUUAAAGAUGAUGUUAUAAGAGUACAUACAUAAGAAUAGAUUAUAAGGGUAUUUCAUGACUAUGAUGACUGCUUUUCCAGGAAGAGAAAAGUGUGGUGACGAAAACGGCAUCAGCUAGCCAAAAACUAGCAUGUAGCUAACAUAUAUCCAUUUGGUUAAACAGGGAAUUCCAACAGUGCUAACAGCUGGUCAGCUGAAGGGAAUGCACAAAUAUUUCUUCUUCCCUUAAAAGAGACAAGCUAAUAAACUCUGGUGGAAUAUUUACAUGAUCAUAAAAUCUUCACACACACACACACACUCUAUCAAGAACAAAUACAUUUCACACAGAACAUACACUCUUUUUGAUGAUGUAACUUUUAUAAGUUACUCGUUUCAUUUUAACUUGUAGGAUAAAAUCCACUUGGUUGAAGUGAUGCUUAGAAAUUAGAUUAAUUGUUAAGAUAAUUCAGUAGAUUGUUUGUAAGGAACUUUAUAGCAUGUUUCAGGUUUUAUUGUGACCAAAAACUGAAGUCUGUGUAACCAAAAUUGCCCAAAUAUCCCAAAUCCUAAAGUCUUUGUCAACAUACUAAUACAAUACACAUAAAGUAAUUAAGUUCUACACAUAUACAAAUUUUAUUUGUGUAAUUACCAUAACUCUAAAGACAUUCUUCAAUACAGCAUAAGUGAAAUGUGUUGUUUCUAUAAGUUGGAUGAUGUACUGUGAUGCCUUAUCCAUGUUUUAUAUUGUUGAUAAAACAAACAGCAUCAGAACGGGUCGAUUUCAGAACGGGUCAUUGUAUCUGCAUUGUUUCAUUGUUCCAGCGAGUACUCUCCUGUGUAUAGACCUUGACAUUACAUGUUAAGUCAUGAUUGUUUCAAACCUCAAUAAAGAAUAUCUGACUGAA